AAACCACGUCAAACAAAGUGUCAAAUUUGCUUUGCUGAGCUGUCAACUUUCUUGAGAUUUUGGAGGUGUACAACGUGUUCGAAAAAUAGCAAUUUUUGAAUAAGACCCAGUCUAUUCAUGACAAAACUGUGCUGAAAAUGGCCGCGUUAGACCGUAAAGGCACCUUCAAGGUAGAGUACCUACAAGAGAUAGAGAAGACAGUUCAAGAGAGAUGGGAGAAAGAGAAGAUAUUUGAGAUGGAACCCCCCAGUGACGGCAAGCAUGACAAAUACAUGUGCACCUUCCCUUACCCCUACAUGAAUGGGCGCCUUCAUCUGGGACAUACAUUUUCACUAUCAAAAUGUGAAUUUGCGACAAGAUACCACCGACUAAAGGGAAAAAUGGUUCUAUUUCCCUUUGGGUUCCAUUGCACAGGCAUGCCUAUCAAGGCAUGUGCUGACAAACUCAAACGUGAGAUGGCUCUCUAUGGGUGUCCACCAGUAUUCCCUGAUGAAGAGGAGGUUGUCGCGAAGGAUGAGAGUGAUGUGGUUCCGAAAGACAAGAGUAAAGGCAAGAAGAGUAAGGCCGUGGCUAAGACAGGCGGCGCGAAGUACCAGUGGCAGAUCAUGCAGAGUAUCGGCGUGCCGGACGAGGAGAUCAAGCUGUUCGCUGACGAGCAUUACUGGCUGGACUACUUCCCGCCGAGGGCUGUAGCCGACUUGAAGAGGAUGGGCAUUCAUGUAGACUGGCGUAGGAAGUUCAUAACGACAGACGCGAACCCAUUCUACGACUCCUUCAUAAGAUGGCAGUUCCAUCACCUCAAAGAACGUAACAAGAUCAUGUAUGGCAAGAGAUAUACCAUUUACUCGCCUCUCGACGGUCAGCCGUGUAUGGACCAUGACAGAAGUACAGGUGAGGGAGCCGGGCCUCAGGAGUAUACCCUCAUUAAGAUGGAAGUGUUAGAUCCUCUGCCUGACUGCCUCAAAUCACUAAAAGGCAAAAAGGUAUCAUUCGUCGCAGCGACUCUAAGGCCUGAGACCAUGUAUGGCCAGACUAACUGCUGGGUGCACCCGGAUAUCAAAUACAUUGCCUUCGAAACCGUUAAGGACGGCGUGUUUGUAAGCACGCGUCGCGCCGCUAGAAACAUGGCGCACCAAGGCUUCACGGAUAAAGACGGAGAAUUUAAAAUUCUUCUCGAAAUAGUCGGCCAAAAUCUUCUUGGAGUACCCCUAAAGUCCCCAUUCACGUGCUAUCCCAAGAUUUAUGCUCUUCCAAUGCUGACGAUAAAAGAAGAUAAAGGCACAGGGAUUGUUACCAGCGUCCCUUCAGAUUCUCCAGAUGACUAUGCUGCCUUAGUCGAUCUCCAGAAGAAACAACCAUUUAGAGAGAAGUAUGGAAUCAAAGAUGAGAUGGUUCUCCCAUAUAAACCGGUGCCGAUUCUCGAGAUACCCGAAUUUGGCAACUUAUCUGCCAUCCACGUUUAUGACAAACUGAAGAUCCAGAGUCAAAAUGAUAAGGAAAAGUUGACGCAAGCGAAAGAAAUGGUGUACCUUAAAGGUUUCUACGAUGGAGUGUUAUUAGUUGGAGACUUUAAAGGUAGCAAGAUUCAGGAUGUCAAGAAGAAUUUACAAAUAAAACUAAUUGAGGAGAAUGGUGCUGUUGUUUACUACGAACCAGAGAAGACUAUAAUCUCAAGGUCAGGAGACGAGUGUGUGGUGGCUCUGUGUAACCAGUGGUAUCUGGACUAUGGCAAUGAGGAGUGGAAGAGCCAGACUGAGAAAGCUCUGGAGACGAUGAAUACGUAUCAUGAUGAAGUGAGGAAGAACUUCCAGGCGACCCUGAAGUGGCUGCAUGAGUACGCUUGUUCUAGGACUUAUGGUCUUGGAACCAAACUACCCUGGGACCAGCAAUGGCUGAUCGAAUCUCUGUCAGACUCGACAAUUUACAACGCGUACUACACCAUAUCGCACUUCCUACAAGGAGAUACAUUCCGCGGGAACAAACAGAACGCGCUCAACAUCAAACCUGAGGAGAUGACAAUUGAAGUGUGGAACUACAUUUUCUUCAAGGACGCUCCAUUCCCGAAAACCACUAAGAUUGCCAAGAAGUCACUUGAUCUGAUGAAGAAAUCAUUCCAGUUCUGGUACCCAGUCGACCUAAGAGCGUCAGGCAAAGACUUGAUCCAGAACCACUUAACAUUUUACAUCUACAACCAUGUAGCGAUGUGGCCGAAUGAGCCCGAUAAAUGGCCAAGAGGCGUCCGAGCCAACGGGCAUCUCAUGUUAAACUCGGCCAAAAUGUCCAAGUCUGACGGGAAUUUCUUGACCCUUUCCGAGUCUAUUGACAAAUUUAGCGCGGAUGGUAUGAGACUGACUUUAGCUGAUGCGGGGGACACGGUUGAAGACGCGAAUUUCGUUGAAAGCACGGCUGACGCGGCGAUUUUAAGACUGUACACUUUUAUCGAGUGGGUGAAAGAGGUUAUUGCCAGCAAGUCCAAUCUGAGAACAGGUGCGCACAACUUCCACGACAAGGUAUUCACGAGCGAGAUGAACACGAAGAUCAACCAGACAGACGACAACUACAACAAGAUGUUGUUUAAGGAAGCCCUUAAGACUGGCUUCUUCGAGCUACAAGCGGCGAGGGAUAAAUACAGGGAGUUGUGCUCAGAUAGCGGCAUGCAUGCAGAACUGGCGGUGCGGUAUAUCGAGACGCAGGCGAAACUCAUGUCGCCGAUAUGUCCGCAUGUCGCUGAGUACGUCUGGCAGCUGCUUGGCAACAAAACCAGUAUUCUCCACGAGCGCUGGCCAGUGGCCGGCCCAGUCGACGACGUCGCCGUGAAGGCAAGCAACUAUCUGAUGGACGCGGCGCACUCGUUCCGCAUUUACCUGAAGAACCACCUCACGGUGCGGAAGCCCAAGAAGGGCGACGCUCCCAAGCCGGAGAGGAAGCCUAACAAGGCCAUCAUCUGGGUCGCCAAGGAGUAUCCCAAAUGGCAGCAUAUCAUUCUGACCACCCUCAAAGAACUUAAUGGGCCGUCAGGCCUCCCGGACAACAAGACGAUAUCGACCAAGCUCGGCGCCGUCCCCGAGCUGAAGAAGUACAUGAAGCGAGUGAUGCCGUUCGUGCAGGCCACCAGGGAGCACAUGCAGCGCGUGGGCGCCGACGCGCUGUCCGUGGGGCUGCCUUACGACGAGGCCUCGGUGCUCGAGGACAACAAGCAUUAUCUCAUAAACACGCUAGAUCUGGACGCAAUAGAAGUGAAAUACACCGAUGACCCGGAGGCUCCUGAGAAGACCCGCGAAGACUGCACGCCGGGCCAGCCUCACAUCAACUUCAUAGCGGAACCAGCGGUCGACGUCACCUGUAUCAACCCCACUGCCAUGAACGGACUGUUCUCUGUCGCCGUCAGUCUCAACGAUGGAGAUUCCAUUGAGAAGGUCAAGGCCAAAAUCGCUAAGGAAGUUAAAGCUAUUAAAGACGUAACAGCCCUGAAGCUGUGGCGAUACAAGGACCCAGCAUUAGGCCCGCGCAAGAUUCCCGUACAAGGCGACCACGAAACCAAAUGUAUUAUCUUAGAUAACUCUGCAGUAUUAAAAGUGGACGUUAGUGCCGGGAAGGUGGCACUAGUGUCCAACGGCAAGAACUUAGACCUCGGCACACAAAUGGUGUACACCUACGAGAAAUAAGCUGAAAGCUUGACUGGUUUAUUUAAGAAUAAAUUAUUUAUUUGAGCCGCUGA